CAACUCAGUUCGAGUUGAGUUGAAACCAUGAACUCAGUUUGCCUCAGUAGUACCGAGUCGACUCUGUUCGAGUUCUGAUUAUGACUGUAGAAGACAAUGAACAACUUUCACAACCGAGUCAUAUACGACCCAGUUUGGCUGAGUCAACACGGAUUCGCAGUUAAAUCAACACUUGUUUUGUUUCUCUUUUUCCUUACCUUCAAACUGUCUCAAAGUCUCUAUCGCAAUUCGAGGUUUUGCUCUGCAACAACCAUGUCUUCCUCUUUGUCUCGAAACGACGCCGAAUCGCUCCGCCAAGAGCGAAUUCUCUCUAGCAAGCUCUAUUUCGACGUUCCAACAUCCAAGGUACCGUUGAUUUACUCUUCGAAGUACGACAUCGCAUUUGUUGGCAUAGAGAAGCUGCACCCAUUUGAUUCUGGUAAGUGGGGUAGAAUAUGUGGGUUUUUAAUCAAGGAAGGUGUUCUUGACAAAAAUGGUAUUGUAGAGCCAUUGGAAGCUUCAAAGAAUGAUCUCCUUGUGGUUCAUUCAGAUUCGUAUUUGAAUAGCUUGAAGUGUAGUGCAAAUGUUGCCAUGAUAAUUGAGGUACCUCCUGUGGCAUUAUUUCCCAAUUGUCUUGUGCAGCAGAAAGUUCUUCAACCAUUCAGAAACCAGGUUGGAGGAACUAUUGUAGCUGCAAAGCUUGCCAUGGAACGGGGAUGGGCUAUCAAUGUCGGGGGAGGGUUUCAUCAUUGCUGUGGAGGGAAAGGAGGGGGAUUCUGCGUUUAUGCAGAUAUUUCCCUUUGCAUUCACUUCGCUUUUGUUCGAUUAAACAUAGCAAGGGUGAUGAUUAUUGAUCUUGAUGCACAUCAAGGAAAUGGCCAUGAAACAGAUUUUGCCAAUGACUGUCGAGUCUAUAUUCUUGAUAUGUUCAACCCUGGUAUAUAUCCAUUGGAUUACGAGGCUAGGAGAUAUAUCGAUCAGAAGGUUGAAGUAGUGAGUGGCACUAAAACACACGAGUACUUGCAAAAAUUAGACGAAGCACUUGAGGUUGCUGCACACGCAUUUGAUCCAGAGCUUAUAAUUUAUAAUGCUGGAACCGAUAUACUAGAUGGAGAUCCACUGGGGAGGUUGAAGAUCAGUCCUGAUGGGAUAACCAGUAGAGAUGAAAAGGUUUUCCGGUUUGCCCUCGAGAGGAACGUUCCUAUUGUCAUGCUCACAUCAGGUGGUUAUAUGAAGUCUAGUGCUAGGGUUAUAGCAGAUUCGAUAACAAAUCUCUCCACGAAACGUUUGAUCGAGACGAGUGUAACAGCGGCAUGAAUUUGUGUUUUGUUUGAUGGAAUGAAGUACCAAUGAGGAGGCAAAAAGGGCACAAGUUUCUUGGAUUCAUUUAAGCCUCUCGAGUUCUUGAGUUCCACUUGUAUUAGGUGACUGUUGCAGUUCAGUUCAUGUUGGAACUCAUUGUAAAUGAUUAUCUUCUUUAAAGAAGAUAUGUGAGAGUUUUUAUUUUGUUUUUAGUGCUCAUAGACACUUCUGCAAGUGGUUAUGACGACACUGCUUUGAAAAGUAUGUACAAAUAUACAUUUUUUCUUUGAGGUGUAUAUUCAAAUGUCAUUCAUGACAAUCUAUACGAAAACAGUAGAAAUUAGCAUAA